UCCCUCAUCGAAGCUCACGGUGAUAUUCCUGGAGCACCCAAAGUUUUUGGAAGGAGAUCUACCCUGAAUGGGGUUAGACGAGCACGUACUGUACCCAGCACUUUCCAGCCAGCCAUCUCUGAAGUCCAUGACAAGCGUCAGGCUUCUACCAAUACCGAUGGACAAUGUGGACCAGGCUUUGGUUCUUGUGCUGCCGGUUACUGCUGUUCAGAAGCUGGCUGGUGUGGUAAGGGCACUGAUUACUGUGCUGCCCCUGGAUGUCAAUUCAACUAUGGCCCCGCGUGUGACGACAAUACCAUUCCACCUGGCAGCAGCACCUCUUCGGUUGCAAGACCCAAAGUCGGAAAUGUCCCAUAUGGUGGAGCUGGCAUCUACGAUUGCACAGUGGCUGGAACCAUUGCCAUCACUUAUGAUGAUGGGCCUUAUAUCUAUACUGAUCAUGUCCUGGAUGUCUUGAAGCAAUACAAUGCCAAAGCCACAUUCUUCAUCACCGGCAACAACAAUGGCAAGGGAGAGAUUGAUAAUGCCGCUUUCCCUUGGGCUGCGACAAUCAAACGAGCAUACAAUGAAGGACAUCAAAUUGCAUCUCACACUUGGACACACCCCCAUCUGUCCAACCUUACCAGUGCUCAGAGAAAGCAAAACAUGUACAGCAAUGAGAUGGCACUGCGCAACAUUUUGGGCUUCUUCCCUACUUACAUGAGGCCUCCCUACUCUGACUGCACCGCAGAGUCUGGAUGCGAGCAGGAUAUGGCUGACCUAGGUUAUCAUGUCACCUACUUUGAUGUCGAUACAGAUGAUUAUGAUAACGAUUCUCCCACACUUAUCCAAAACGCAAAGAACAACUUCGAUGCAGGAAUUGCAGGAGGAAACCCAGCCACCGACGAUUACCUUGUUAUUGGACACGAUAUUCACAACCAGACUGCCAACAAUUUGACUGCCUACAUGCUGCAAAGAGUUCUGGCACUUGGUUACAAACCUGUUACCGUUGGCGAGUGUCUUGGAGACCCUGAAGCAAACUGGUAUCGCAGUUCUUCUGGAAAUGUCUUCACUUCUUCCACUUCAGCCGUGACUUCAGCCACUUCGACUUCUGCAACUAUUGCUCCCACAGCAACCUCGAACAGUGGACAGUGUGGCGGAGGCACCGGGUUUAUGUGCACUGGAUCUGAGUUUGGAGAUUGUUGCUCGCAGGCUGGAUGGUGCGGCUCUGGAACUCUUUACUGCGGUGAAGGCUGUCAAGCUGCCUUUGGUCAAUGCGGCAUCAAUGUUCCUCAGAGCAGUAGUACCACCUCAACUGCCCCACCAGCUCAGCCAACAAAAGUUUCAACUGAUGCAACUUGUGGAGGAACGAGCGGUAUGACCUGUCAGGGCUCCGUCUUUGGUAACUGCUGCUCGCCUGCUGGAUGGUGCGGAAGUACUGCUGCUUACUGUGGCGAUGGCUGUCAAUCGGGCUUCGGCUCUUGU